AGAGGUACUUCCUGAUGGUGGUGGGUCUGUACGCCACAGUGAGGGAAGAGAGUUACCUGCUGAUAGCGUUCAUGUCAGAGAGGAUCGUAGUCAGGGCGUCAAACCCGGGCCAGUUUGAGAACGACAGUGAGGUGUUGUGGCAACGAGGACAGGCUCCGGACGCGGUGGUGUGCCAGGGGAGGGUGGGCAUCAACACAGACACCCCCGAUGAAGCCCUGGUGGUCUGUGGCAACGCUAAGAUCAUGGGGCAGGUUAUGCAUCCCUCCGACCGCCGCGCAAAACACAACAUACAAGAGGUGGAUUCAACAGAACAGUUGAAGAGAAUAUCUCAGAUGAGGAUUGUGGAGUAUGACUACAAGCCUGAGUUCGCCUCAGAGAUGGGGAUCGAUCACAUACAUGAAACGGGCGUCCUAGCCCAGGAGGUGAAGGAGCUGCUGCCCACUGCUGUCAAAGUGGUGGGGGACAUCACCUGCAGCGACGGAGAGAGGAUCCACAACUUCCUCAUGGUGGACAAAGAGCAGAUCUUCAUGGAGAAUGUAGGGGCUGUGAAGCAGCUGUGCAAGGUGACUGACAACCUGGAGAACAGGAUUCAGGAGCUGGAGGUGUGGAACACACGGUCAGCCAAGCUAAAGGACAUGGGCAGCCCUGCUAACAGCAGCAACCCUGCUAACAGCAGCACUAAAGGGAAAAUAAACAGACACAGCAGUGUUCCACCACCACAGAAGCCAACACCUCUCAAAUCUGUCAAGGUGAAGUUCCACCACUGCUUAAAACACAAGUUUGUCCAAGUCAGCAUGAUCAUUCUGGUAGCAACAAUGGCUUUCUGUUCUAUUGCCAUCACAGCUCUCUACAUGCUGACUCUGAGAGACGACGCCGGCAUGCUGCUUCCUGGAAACACCAACGAGACUACUGUGCAUCCUCUCUACACCACAACAGUCAGGACUACCUUAGUCAACCCAACAACCACCCCUGUCCCGUGGACCCCUGAUGUGGACUUCUGUAGCCUGAUCUACUGUGAAGAAGUGUUCUGCUGUCCCACUACAGCCUCCAUGGAUAAUACCAGCACCAUCUCUCCUGCCCUCCUCUCCUCCACUGUAUCUCCCACUACCGGGCCCUCUCUAGCAGAUAAAGGGAAAGACAAAUUUAAUGAAGAAAUCAGAGGUGCCGGAGAUUGGACAAACACAACAAUAAAGUCUUUUGUCAUCAAAGAAAACGAACAGAUCAUUGACUCUCGGUACUGUGAGAGGGGAAGCUGCGGGUCAGGAAACUACUCCUUCCAAAUCCCUAUCAGCAAGUUCGUCCCCACCAACAUGCGUGUCACUGUCCAGAUGAAUACUACAGAGCUGCUGGUUGUCCACCUGUGUCAUAAUGAUGAGACGUUUAAAUGCUCUGCCUUGAUGGACCAUGAUCAAACCAACGAAGAAUACAAUUUCAUGAAUACACAGGGCUACGUCCAUGAAUGGCCUCUGCCAGUGUCUCGAUUCUACAGGAGCUCCUACCACUUCCGCUCAGCAGUGGCUGGACAGGCAGACUGCAAUACCGACCGUGGCUUCAUGGGGGCGCUGUUCACAGACUACCACUUCAACUUCUACCGGAGGUGUGAGUGAGGAAGAAGACCUCGUACUGUAGUUCCUCUGGCAGGCCAAUGACAUGGGUGUCGAUGCUUCUCUUCGUGAUGUAUGGCAACCGGAAUAAUUCAUCCACUUUGUAUUGUUUUUCUAUGAAAUGUCCUGAUUGUUGAUGAGAUCGUUGUAUAUAAUCUCUUUUACAAGGACUGUUAUAAGAGAAUAUUUAUUGAUACAGAAUUACAGUAGAUAAGAGUCAUAUGAGUCACUUUGCCUUGUGACAGUUCUUGCACUAUGUGAAAAGAGAUUGAAUUGGAACAGACCUGAACAGGAUCAUUUUGUUUUCAGUGGAAUGUAAAUGCAGUAUAACAGGUUAUUGAUUGUUCAUUAAACUAUACAUUGAUCAUGUCACACUGUUGGAACACAGGAGGACAGGAUGAGUCCCAAAGUAAAAUAGUACUUCUAUCUCAUACUUGACUAUGUAGGUAGCUAUUACAUUUAUUUCAGAAAGUACUUGUGUUGAAUUCUGUGUUACUGCAUCAUUCCCUGUAAUUACCAGGUAAAUACCAUUGGAAACUGUAAAAUAAAGUACUAAAUUCUC